GGGAAGGAAUUAAAUACAGAGACACUGUCUGCUUGCUGCCUUAAGACAGCAAAGCUGAAUUGCUGAUUUGCUUUAACUUUUAAAAUACCCAGCUUGGUUUAUUUUUCUUAGAAUCAUUGUAUUGCUAAGACUGGGGACGCUGUUUUCUUUCACAAAGGGAAUCUAAGUUCAUUUCAAGGCAUUCGAAAUGGGGAAAGACUAUUAUUGCAUUUUGGGAAUUGAAAAAGGAGCUUCAGAUGAAGAUAUUAAAAAGGCUUACCGAAAACAAGCCCUCAGAUUUCAUCCGGACAAGAACAAAUCUCCUCAGGCAGAGGAAAAAUUUAAAGAGGUCGCAGAAGCUUAUGAAGUAUUGAGUGAUCCUAAAAAGAGAGAAAUAUAUGAUCAGUUUGGGGAGGAAGGGUUGAAAGGAGGGGCAGGAGGUACUGAUGGACAAGGAGGUACAUUCCGGUACACCUUUCAUGGCGAUCCUCAUGCCACAUUUGCAGCAUUUUUCGGAGGUUCCAACCCCUUUGAAAUUUUCUUUGGAAGACGGAUGGGUGGUGGUAGAGAUUCUGAUGAAAUGGAAGUAGAUGGAGAUCCUUUUAGCGCCUUUGGAUUCAGCAUGAAUGGAUAUCCAAGAGACAGGAAUUCUGUGGGGCCAUCCCGCCUCAAACAAGAUCCUCCAGUGAUUCAUGAACUUAGAGUAUCACUUGAAGAAAUAUAUAGUGGUUGCACCAAACGGAUGAAGAUUUCUCGAAAAAGGUUAAACCCUGAUGGAAGGAGUUAUCGAACUGAGGACAAAAUUCUUACCAUCGAGAUAAAAAAAGGGUGGAAAGAAGGUACCAAAAUUACUUUUCCAAGGGAAGGAGAUGAAACACCAACUAGUAUUCCAGCAGACAUUGUUUUUGUCAUUAAAGAUAAAGAUCACCCAAAAUUCAAAAGGGAUGGAUCAAAUAUAAUUUAUACUGCUAGAAUUAGUUUACGAGAGGCAUUGUGUGGCUGCUCAUUUAAUGUGCCAACAAUGGAUGGAAGAACCAUACCUAUGACAAUAAAUGAUAUUGUGAAACCUGGAAUGAGGCGAAGAAUUAUCGGAUAUGGGCUACCGUUUCCAAAAAAUCCUGAGCAACGUGGUGACCUUCUAAUAGAAUUUGAGGUGUCCUUCCCAGAUACUAUAUCCUCAUCAUCCAAAGAAGUACUUAGGAAACAUCUUCCUGCCUCAUAGAAUGAAAAACUUUGUUACCCAUAUUUCGAUAAGGCACUGAAAAUAUAAAAGGACUGGCCAUUUACUGAUGUAGAUGUGAAUUCUGUAUAAAGACAUGUAAAUUAUUUCGAGGGUUCAUUAAAUUGCAUGAAUAGACGGGUCAAAUAAAAAGGCAAAAGGGAUUUUUACAGUUAGAGAAGAAGAGAAAACGAUUCACUGUAUUUUAUUUCAUUUCUCCCAAAUCAGAAAAUUUCAGUAUUUUGCUUACAUGUAAAACUUGUUUCUGUGGAGUUAGUAGAUAUAUUUCUAAUAAAGUACUAGGAUAUCCAAGUACUUUAUUUCUUAUAUCUUUACAUUAUCAGUAUGAUAGGUUCUCAUUUAUGAUGGAAAUUUAAAUUCUUAACAAAACUAUACAUGUGAUAGGUAUUUCUAGAAAAUAAAAAACCAGGUCACUUGGAAAUCUGGUUAACUAAAUUAAAGUCACAUAUGAAAUGCUGCUAUAGGGCUGGUACCCAUAAAAGAAUAUCCUAAUACAUAUGUUUCACCAUUUUGAUUUUUAAAGUAUGUUGUAGCAUUUCUUAAUAACAUAGUUGUAAUGUUCUUAAUGCAGACCUUUUCUUCAUAAAAAGGAUAUUAAUGGCAAUUUAUCUCCUGUGGAAAUCCCAAUUGGCCUGAAUUACUGAUACUUUAGAAAUAGGUUGUUUUUAAAAUGCCAUAUAUAAUUUUAUGCAAGUUGACUAUAUAUCUUGGACUUAAUAAAUUAUAGGUACAUUUUAUUGUCCACUAGUUAAAAAUAAUCUGUUUGAUAAUAAAUGUGUUUUUAGAGGAAAUAUUGCUACUUGGAAUUAAUUUUCCAAUUACACAGCCUUCUAUAACUUACUCAUAAUAUGCUAUAUGUACCAUAUGCAAUUUCCCUAAAAAGAAUAAACUACCACUAUGGUGUUAAACCAAAAUAUGGGGAAAAUAAACACUAACUGCUGCUUAUGAAUGAUGUUGCUACUACUUGCUAUGCAUAUAAAUAUUUUACUUUUUCAUAUGUAUAGAUUGCAUUCUUAGGUGUCUUAAUUUUUAAAAUAUAUUUACGUUU